CCUGUCCGGCCAGUCCCGCCUUGCGCGCCCAUUUCGAGCCCGAGUUUCAAGCUCCACUUUGCAGGCUCGGGAACCCGGAACAGAUUUUCCAGGACUGGGUUCUUGGGCAGUGGCCAUGGGGGCAGGAAUGGCGCAGCUCGAGGGUUACUACUUCUCGGCUACCCUGAGCUUUACCUUUUCAGUGUCCUGUCUCCUCUUCUCCGCCUUCACUCGGGCGCUGCGAGAGCCCUACAUGGACGAGAUCUUCCACCUGCCGCAGGCGCAGCGCUACUGUGAGGGCCAUUUCUCCCUCUCGCAGUGGGAUCCCAUGAUUACUACAUUACCUGGCUUAUACCUACUGUCAGUUGGAGUGGUCAAACCUGUCAGUUGGAUCUUUGGAUGGUCUGAACAUAUUGUGUGCUCCAUUGGAAUGCUCAGAUUUGUUAAUCUUCUCUUCAGCGUAGGCAACUUCUAUUUACUCUAUUUGCUUUUCCGCAAGGUACAACCCAGACACAAGGCUGCCUCAAGUAUCCAGAGAAUCUUGUCAACAUUAACAUUAGCAAUAUUUCCCACACUCUAUUUUUUUAACUUCCUCUAUUAUACAGAAGCAGGAUCCAUGUUUUUUACUCUUUUUGCCUAUUUGAUGUGUCUUUAUGGAAAUCAUAAAACUUCAGCUUUGCUUGGGUUUUGUGGCUUCAUGUUUCGUCAAACUAAUAUCAUCUGGGCUGUCUUCUGCGCAGGAAAUGUCAUUGCACAAAAAUUAACUGAAGCUUGGAAAACUGAGCUACAAAAGAAGAAGGAAGAGAGGCUUCCCCCUCUUAAAGGACCAUUUUCAGAAUUCAGGAAAAUUCUUCAAUUUCUUUUGGCUUAUUCCAUGUCCUUUAAGAACUUGAGUAUGCUUUUCCUUUUGACGUGGCCGUACAUCCUUCUAGUGUUUCUGUUUUGUGUUUUUGUAGUUGUUAAUGGUGGAAUUGUUAUUGGCGAUCGAAGUAGUCAUGAAGCCUGUCUUCAUUUUCCUCAACUCUUCUACUUUUUCUCUUUUACUCUCUUUUUUUCGUUUCCUCACCUAUUGUCUCCUGGCAAAAUUAGGGCUUUUCUUUCCUUAGUUUGGAAACGUAGAGUUCAGUUUUUUGUGAUCACUUUAAUCUCUCUAUUUUUAGUUUGGAAAUUCACUUAUGCUCAUAAAUACUUGCUGGCAGAUAAUAGACAUUAUACAUUCUAUAUAUGGAAAAGAAUUUUUCAGAGAUAUGAAAUUAUGAAAUACUUGUUAGUUCCAAUAUAUAUAUUUGCUGGUUGGAGUAUAGCUGACUCCUUGAAAUCAAAGUCAAUUUUCUGGAAUUUAAUGUUUUUCAUAUGCUUGUUUACUGUUACAGUACCUCAGAAACUGCUAGAAUUUCGUUAUUUCAUUUUACCUUAUGUUAUUUAUAGGCUUAACAUACCUCUGCCUCCUAUAUCUAGACUUGUUUGUGAACUGGGCUGCUAUCUAAUUGUUAAUUUCCUAACGUUUUAUGUCUUCCUGAACAAGACUUUUCAGUGGCCAAAUAGUCAGGACAUUCAGAGGUUUAUGUGGUAAUGUCCGAGGUAUCUUGAGUUCUAAAAACAGACUAUAUUUAGACUCUCUCCACAAUGAACAAUUGAAGAGGUAAAAAAUAUGGGCUUUGUUUUAGGCACAGUGAUGAUCUACAGAUCACACCAGAUUUUUUUUGUGUUUUAAACAUACAUAAUAAACCCAAGGAAGUGAUAGAGAACUGAGAAAAGUUUAAGACUUGCUCCAUGAGCCUGAAUAAUGGAAAAUGAAAUUGUUUACAAUUAUUUCAGGAUAUCUCUUUGAUACUGCUGACUACUCAGAAAGCUUGAAAACAUUUUACAGGUACAAGUUUAAGAAAACUGAGCUUUGUAGUACUGAAACUUAUUUACGAGUUCUCUUCAGAAACCAAUAGCAGAAAAGUAUUUGAAAAACAUUUACACAUGAUCAGGUAAUGUUCUGGUCUGAAAAAUUACUCAACAUUUCAGUAAUUAUAAUUUUAAUCAUAAGGCAAAAUAGACUCAGUAAAUGUUAUAAAUUAGAGGCUCAUCUAUGUUUAUCUUGGAAUUAAGUUGUUGAUUUUUGUUAAAAAUCUAGAAAUUAUCAAGCCCUUUCACUAAUUCUUUUU